UCAGGCUUCAAUUUGCUCUGGGAGUGGAAGAGGAGACAGGCAGCAAGUGAGGAAGAGCUCUCAGUCGGAGAAGGAACUCGUCCAAGGAAGCUUCGCUUCUGAGGUCCACUGCACCUGCCGGAACCAACAGCAUCCUCCAUGUUCGCCGGCUUAACAAUGGAUCACGCUCUCCAGACUCGGUCUAUCUGGUCCAGUGACACUAAAUUCCUGCAGCAUCCAACGGAUCUGAACACCAGUGUGGUGGUGACGCGCUGCAUCCCUGCAGGAACGUGCUUUGGUCCGUGCGUCCUUCAAAACACUUUCUACGAAACCAUCGCCUUUAUUGCCCAGAAAUGCAGCGACAAGACAUCGAAGUCCUACAUGUUCAGGGUCGACCCAGAGGCCAUGCGUAAUUCAGCUCUUGUGCUCUCCUGGCUGCGGCUGGUGCAGGCUGCGCGUAACGCACAGGAGCAGAACGCGGAGGCAUUUCUGAAAGCAGGUCAGGUGUUUGUGCGCACUACACGGGACAUUCAGUCUGAGGAGGAGCUGUGAGUACCGACCAGGAGCUUGAUUAAUUAAAGGGAUUUAAACAAUGAAUACAAAUGCGGGAGAUGCAACCAGAGCUUCAAAAAUCAGAAUCCAUUCGUGGCUCAUUGCAGAUUUCUGUGCACCCAAUCGAAGAGUGACACCUGGAACCGUGAGGUCUAUGAGCUCAAGCACGUGGAAACCAAGAGGCAUCACCGAGUGACCGAUUUCCACAACAUCGCCAGAGAUCUAGAGCAAAAAAUAUCUGGAGGAGGCGAAGAGGUGGAGACUCCCUCCAGAAAGAGAAAGGGCGAAGAUGCUCCGGUCCCCAAGUGGCGAAAAACGGUUCUGUUAGAGAAAACAAAUAUUUCAAACGAUGAAAAUGUCACCCAAAUGGGUAAGAGCUGUGACCAGGCUGCGCAUGACUCCUCCUCCUCUCCUGACAAACUCAAAGCUGACAGGGUCAAAGCAGUUCGUGCGCCACGAGGAAGCGCUGAUUCAACCGAAGUUGGGGAAGUCAGUGCUGCUUUUACGCACCAUAAAGUGCUUGACACACGUUUGGGGACAGGGGAAGGAUCUGGUGUGCUUUCGAGCGGCAGCAGCGCGUUUUCUCUGGUUCUGUCGAGCAGCCAGGGCGAGCAGAAAAGCGCGUUCUGUAAACCUGACAAAAGGACAUCUACUGUGAACCAGCAGAUUCAACUGAGCAGCGCUCCAACAGCCCCCCCUAGCCGCGUGGAUGAGAUCACUGAUGCGUUCACCAACAGGACUAUUCUGGGAUACAACAAUCUGAUGGCAUCCAGCAUCGUGGGCGGUGACAUGCAGACUUUGGCCUCCCCGAUUCCAUUAGGCAACGCUUUCCAUUACGCGCCGGAGCACUGGUCCAGAAACCUCCAGACCACAUCCGCCCUCACGGUCCUCCCGCCCACAUUCACCUCCUCAUUCGGUGUGUCGGUGCAGAACUGGUGUGCCAAAUGUAACCUGUCCUUCCGCAUGACCUCGGAUCUGGUGUUUCACAUGCGAUCUCACCACAAAAAGGAGUUCGCGGCGGAGUCUCAGGUGAGACGCAGGAAGGAGGAGAAACUCACUUGCCCGAUUUGCCACGAAUACUUCAGAGAGAGACACCACCUGUCGAGACACAUGACUUCUCAUAACUAAAAGAAAAAAAAAGAUUAAUUUUAACUUGAAGACUUUGAUGUGCAUAAUGAAUGUAUGUAAUUAAAGACGUGUCCGUUACAAUUUGUCCACCAGAUGGCAGCAGAGGGGCGCGUCUGUCUUGGUGCCCUGUACGUUAAGCAGUUUCACAGAUUAUUUUGUGCCUUAUGGGACUCAGGAGUUUGAAAAGAUCUCCGGAAAAGCUGACGAUUGUUGAAAAUGUCUCUGUGCAGUUUCUCCUUAUAGUUAUCAGCUGUUCUGUUUUGGAGUUGUACGUGAGGUGUGGCUUGAGUUUGCUUUUAGAAAUCAAACGUUAUCAAAACGUUUUUGUCACAAAAGAGCAUUAGUAAUUCUAUAGUUGAACGAGCAGCCAGUGAGUCAAACUAUUAUGCAAUUCUUUCUGUUUUCUGAAACCUUUUGCAACAAGUACCAACUCGGUGAAGGUUUGCACAUUAUCCACAAGAAGAAAUAAAGCUCAACGUGGAAAGAACAAGAAGAAAGUUUGAACUCCUGAGAAGUCUUUUUAGCAUACAUCAUGUCCACUUCAAUUUUCAGACCAGUCACACAAUAGUUGGUAGAAAGGAUACAAAAAAAUGAAAAAAAAAUAAAAUAAAUAGAACGUGAGAUCAACUGGGGUAGAAGUGAUUUAUAAAGGUUUUUUGUGACCCACAAAAUGCAUUACGAGUAGUCCAGUAUUCUGUCAUUGGAACUCUCAACAAUGAAUCUGAACUGCAAAAAGUAAUUUCUGAAGUAGUUGGGAGAUCACAAAUUUCCAUAUAAAAGAGAAAAAAUGUUUGAAGGACAGAGUUUGGUAAAUAAGAAGGGCUAAUUUUAUUUUCAUUCAGGAUUUGUCAAUGGCCUGGGUAGUAAAUGAAAUGGUUACUACUGAUUGUUUCAGAAAACUGAAAUAAACUAAAUCCAUUAGAUAAUAUAUGGAGUACUGUUCAGUGGACCCAACAAUGGAAGUAAGUGAAGGCCCCCUAAAUCAACAGGUUUUCUUAACAGUUUUUAUCAGCUCUAGAGCAUAAUAAUCAAGAUAAAGUGCAAUGAACAUUUGAAAUAAACCAUUUUGUGUGGAUAUUAAAUGCUAGUUUCACUUUCUGAAUCAAGGUAACA